AUGGCAGCGUCCCAAGGCCUCGUUCAACCUCAUUUGCCGGUACCAACCCACCAUCGACAGCAGCAGACCUUCACCAGUUUCCCUUUGUUGAGAAUCCAUGUCACGAUCAAGCGCAAGAACGCCAACUUCCACGGACAAUCCGAGUUCGACGUAUUCGCGAGCCCCGUCGUGUUGACCGAUGGCACCAGUCUGCGCUACGACGGCUAUACCACGUUCGUCGAAGAUGGUACCAAGUUCACGUACUCGCUCGUCGGUGGUGCAAGCUACCUAGCGACCAAGAAAGACGGCGCCAACACUGAAACAGUUCAGUGCCUUCCGUCGGGAGCGCUGUCGUACGACUCGGUCUUGCCGGCGCUGAACGACGCGGUACCAAUUCGUAGCGCUUUGAUAGGCGACAUCAGUGUCGCCUGCGCGAGUAGCAACCUGUUCAAGUCCUUGUAUCACGACGCAAUCUUCGCAGUCUGCGCUUCGGGUUCGUCCGAGUUCACCGCGACGGGCCUCGACUUGACACUUGACGUGGAGUACCUGCAGAAUCCCGUCAACAUUUAG